GUGGAGAGGAAGUCAAAGAAGGACUAUUUGACUGUCAAUGUAGACAGCCUGAUGAUGGAAUCUCUCCCACUGUCAAAUGCACCAAAUGCUCAGUUUGGGGACAUAGACACUGUAACGAUCAAUUACGGUACAUCUGCUGGAGAUGUGCUCCCACUUCUGGUAAUAGUGGCAGCACGGACGAUCUAUGACUCCAGCAUUAAACAAUUUACUACAAGCGCGCAAUCGUCUGUACGACGUCUCCUGGGUGGAAAGUGUGUCAGGUCCUCGGAAUGCUCCUACAUGGACCAUCCAGUUUAAGUUCGCGGGUGCUGUGAUUGGGGUAGGAACGGGCAUAACAAAACGGUUGGCCAAAGAGGAUGCUAUAAGACAGGCUUACACCUCUUUGCAAAGUACGGGGUAGCUGGGCUAAACUGUUACUUUCAUUGUUCCAACAUAGAUGAAAGGCAUAUGUUCUUCAAGCGUACUUGAGUCAUGGACGGGUCUUGUUGGUGCGAACUCAUUUCAACACGAAGUCAAAAUAUAUGUCAGAUGUGUUGCAGACACGAUAGCUGGUUGGGGACCGAUACGCCUAGACCUGUACCAUAUACAUAUGCGUGAGUAUGAAUGACAGGGUAAGAGAAUAAAGGGAAGAAAGAUUAAAGAUAUAUGUUCUUCUUCAGUUUUAGGGAGGAGAUGGAAAAUGACUGAGGAAGGAGAAAGAAGUAACGACGUAUUAUGUGUGAAGGGAAGACGAUGCUGCCCAGAUGGGGGCAGGGCAGUGGGUCCAAAAUUCACUUCCAAGCUUUGCAUCGCGGAAAAAUCCAGACUCCUUCCCACUCUCCUCAAUGGGGGGUAAAACUGCUUCGCAGUAUGACGAGACCCUAAUGUAUUUUUAUCUUAUCUUAUCAAUACACGUGAC